AUGGCUUUUGAAGACAAAUUAAAAGAGCCCACCGUGGGCAAAUCUAAGGAAGCCUUCGACCAAUUCGGUGAUGGUAGCGAUGAUAUUCCACGAGAGUCAAGGCAGAUGCCAGCGCUGAAGCGCAAGCUGAAGAGCAGACACCUGCAAAUGAUUGCAAUCGGCGGCACAAUUGGCACCGGUCUAUUCAUCGGAAGCGGCACAGCUCUAGCAAACGCAGGACCCGUUGGUGCACUGAUCGCCUAUAUUUUCAUCGGCUCCGUUGUGUUUUCUGUCAUGGUAUCUCUGGGAGAAGUUGCAACCUAUAUCCCAGUUGCGGGAGCGUUCACCUCCUACGCAACGCGACUGGUAGAUCCCAGUCUGGGCUUUGCCAUGGGCUGGAUAUACUGGUUCUCCUGGGCAAUCACUUUUGCUCUGGAACUCACGGCGACGGGACUAAUCAUCCAAUACUGGGACUCUACUAUCCAGAUUUCGAUAUUCAUCGGGGUAUUCUGGGUAUUGAUCACGGCGCUCAACUUCCUCCCGGUCAACUUCUACGGCGAGCUUGAGUUCUGGUUCUCCAGUAUCAAGAUAUUGACGGUAAUCGGGUUCAUAAUUUUCGCCAUUUGUGUGGAUGCCGGUGUUGGUCAACAAGGAUAUCUCGGCUUCCAUAAUUGGGUGCAUCCAGGCCCGUUUGCCGAUUACCUGGUGACGCCGGGUCCAACAGCCAAGUUUGUCGGCUUCUGGGCGGUUCUUAUUCAAGCCGGCUUCUCGUGCCAGGGCACCGAGCUGGUUGGCCUUGCUGCGGGUGAAAGUGAAAAUCCACGAGAGACCGUUCCUAAGGCUAUUCGGACGACGUUUAUUCGGAUUAUUCUUUUCUACGUUCUCUCUGUGUUUUUCAUCGGUCUUCUGGUGCCGUCGGAUAACAAGGAACUUCUUUCGGGGGGAUCAAAUGCAGCGGCAUCACCUUUUGUCAUCGCUGCGAAAUUGGCCGGGAUCAAGGUCUUACCCAGUCUUAUUAAUGCCGUCCUCUUGAUCGUUGUUCUCUCUGCCGCCAACGCGAAUAUCUACAGUGGCAGUAGAAUGUUGAUCGGACUCGCGCACGAACGCUUCGCACCCGCCUUCUUCAACAAGACCACCAAAGGAGGCGUGCCCUAUUACGGAGUGGUUGCAACCUCCGCAUUUGGUCUUCUCGGUUUCUUGAACGUUUCAAACUCCGGUUCUACCGUUUUCAACUGGCUGCUAAACAUCACCGCAGUUGCAGGAUUUAUUUUGUGGGCGUCCCUCAACGUCUGUCACAUUGCGUUCAUGCGUGCUCUGAAAGCCCGUAAAAUGUCUCGAGACCUGCUACCUUACAAAGCACCGUUUCAACCAUUCCUCGCAUAUUACGGACUGUUUUUCAAUGUCCUCAUCAUGUUGACCCAAGGUUUUACCGCGUGGAUUCCUACAUUUAGCGUGCAGAGCUUUUUCAUUGCAUAUGUCAGCCUUAUUCUGUUUGCUGUGCUGUAUAUUGGACACAAGAUCAUGUUCCGUGACAGACUGGUGUCUCCCAUGCAAGCCGAUCUUGAUACCGGACGUCUCGAGAUUGAAAGUGAAUAUUGGGAGACAACGGUGCCUACCACUUGGUAUGGCAAAGUCUGGCUUUGGAUCACUGGUUAA